UCAAGGAGCAGGAUGAGAAAUACAAUGCCUUACUUGACCAUCUCAAGCAAGUCGAAAGAAAAAUGCGGGACCACCGUAAUAAAAUACGAAAAUCAUACAAGUCAUGGGAUUCGACACUGGCCCCUAUACGCCGUCUUCCAAAUGAUGUUCUACUAGCCAUAUUUCAGCGAGUUCGAAGACGUGAUUGGGAUUAUUACGGCAAUGUUUUCGGCAUCGCUGAAGGGCCAUGGAUUCUCAGUUACGUCUAUGGACUCUGGGGGGAUAUCGUUUUAUCUUCCCCUCUCUCUGGUUCCGUCUCACCAUUAAUUUCAUUUGUGCCGACAGCUGCAAAAAUGCUCCUGCUCUGCUUGAAACCAUUUUUCUUCACUCCCAUUCGCAUCCUUUGGACAUCAAUAUUUCCACUUGGUGUCCCCAGCCUUAUCCAAGUCCAUGUAUGCAGGCGUUUUCGGUCGUUCUUCAGCACUGUCGUAGGUGGAGACAUGUGGUACUGCGUAUUGAACUGUACUACUUAAAGGAGACGAAUAUUGUCAAAGGGAAUCUUCCUUUGUUGGAAUCAUUGCUACUGAUGGACCUGACGGAAUCACAGUAUUCUCCAAGGAAGAUCUUACCAGAAAGUGAUCGAACUAUCUUCUCUAGCGCCCCUCGCCUUCACAAAGUGGCAUUAUAUAAGAUGCAUGGCCUGGGUGAUCUCGAGUUACCUAGGCAUGUCACACAUCUCGCAGGUUGUACUACCGACCUCUAUCGUCUAGAGACAUACCAGUUCCUUGAAGAGUGUCAUCUUGAUACUUCAAUGAUACCACAAGACAUCUCUCACCCUAACCCCAUAUCCCUUCUUAGACUCCGACGUCUAUAUGUAGAUUCUACAAGUCUACUUCGACACCUACACCUACCCUCCCUUCAACAUCUCACGUUAGAGCUCGUACGCGUGACGAGUGUCCUCUCGGACCAGGAUGCAUUCAACCUGAAUGACUUGCUUCGCCGUUCUCAUUGCCAGCUCGACAGCCUUGCCGUUGGUCCUGGCAUGGUGUCAUGCCCGACAUUUAUCCAACAGUCCCUUUCUAUGAUGCAGUCGCUAUUAUGCCUUGAUAUCACCCUCCGGUCCACCGAGGAUAGCUUUUUCAAUGCCUUGACUGCCUCUCUAGCCAUCUUACCCGACUUGCAACGUCUGCAUCUACGUCAGUCGACGGGCGUUGACUUGACAUCAUGGAAUUCGCUCACCUCUAUGAUUGACUCCCGCCGGCAUACCUCAUCAUUCCAUGUCAUACGAGUUAUUGCCGCAUCGAAAUAUGCUGUAGACUCCGUAAAUGACCAGUUUAUCCCAUAUCAAGAAGAUGGUUUCGAUGUCACGGUGGGGGCGGAAGAGCCCCAAGAGCUGGACGGAGCACGAAUCACUCUCGCGAGGCUGGAGAAUUCGGUGUAGAGGCGAGGGGAAUAGACACCGUUGCUCCCGACCAGAGGCUAGAGAUUUCAAUAUACACCCAGGGUGACCAACUCUUUCACGUUCUCGUGGUCUCCGCAAAUACUGCAACAGUCGACUAUGACACAUCAAUAACAUGCCCUUCUCAAUUUACGCAACCUUGCUGCUGGAAACACAAUUUCCGAUUAUCGCCUUAAGGCUAUCCAGGUCCUGCAAAAAAGCUCUAGAUCUAUUUAGGACACCAGUUUCUCUACCGAGCGAAACCGGCCAUCCUCUUGGCCACCUUUUCCCUGAAUACAAACCUAAU